UAAAUUUUCAAUCUGCUUUAUUAAGCAAGUUGCUUUAAUUCCGUUGCAUAAAAAUUCUAAGCACCAUACUUAGUUGUUUUUUGUAAAGCAUAUUGCAACCUUCUUAAAUGGCUCGUUGCCAAAGGCGUGACAUCCCGAUUCCCGUACUUUAUGUUUACAAACAUUUGCACGUGGAAAAAACACGUGCCUGUCGUCUGCUUGUCAAGUUAUUGAAAAUGGCUACAGACAUAGAGACACCAAGCAAAAAGAGAAAGCCGAACUGGAGCGCGGAUGAGUGCCUAUAUCUAACUAAACUUGUGGAGGAGAACAAGGGUGUGCUACGGGCAAAGUUUGGGGCCGGGGUAACUACCCAGAGGAAGAGGGAGACAUGGCGAAUAAUCUCCGACAAAAUUAACGCUUCGUCAUGUGUCAGUCGUUCGGUGGAGGAAGUUGAGAAAAAAUGGCACAAUCUGCAUAUGAAGGGUAAAACAGAGCUGUCUGACCACAGGAGACAGGCUGUGAUGACAGGUGGUGGUCCAUCUUCUGCCCCUCAGAUCAGCCCAAUUGCCGAAGCUGUAGGAAAUGUCAUCGGCCUAGACAAUGUGUCCAUUUGUGGGAUUAGUGGGGCAGUUGACACUUCAAUGAUGAUGUUACUUAAUACUGAUCAAGCCUGUUCAGCUAUUUCAAGAUCUUCAGACAAUCUACAGCCCCCCAACACUGUAACCAUGGCCACUGAAAUCCUGCCCUCAUCCAUCUUGUCAUCCUUGCCAUCAGACUCCUGUACAUAUCCAUCUCUGACAACAUCCUAUGACAGCCUCAAAAAGCAGAAACUGGAACUGGAAAUUGAAAAUUUAAAAUUACAAAACCAGCUUCUAGCUUUGAAAAUUAAGAAAAUAACUGAAAAUGAAUAUUGAUAUGUCAAAAUA